CCCAACUAUAUUUUAUAUAUGGUUUAUCCAUUAAAAAUACAUUUCACAAGUAUUCGUGCUGUUUUUUGUAGAAUUAUUCUUUCUCGGUGAAUUCUAUUCGAAUUAAAGUAUAAUGUUGGGUUAUAAAAAACAGUAGUUGAAAGAAAUCGGUUUAUAUACUUUUCCUUUAAUCAAAGCUCUUAAAUAUUUUGAAAUGGAGAAAGAAGAAUAUAUAUACAAUUUAUCACCAACAAUACAACGAAAUUUGUGCCAAAUACUAGAUCAAAAUGAUAUUUGGGAAAAAUUGUGUAUAGAAAUGCAAUAUAAUAGCGCAACAUUAGAAUUGAUAAAAAAGGAAAAAUCAAACGGUAAAUCACCAACGAAUGAGUUAUUAAUACAAUGGGGAAGUCAGUUAAACCAUACAAUAACCGAAUUAUUCCAUUUACUAAGCAAACUGAAAUUGUAUUCAGCAAUGAAUUUGUUAAAGUCGUACGUUCAUCCUAAAUUUCAUCGCAUGAUUCGCGAAGAAGGUGAUUUGGUACAAAAAUUUCGAGACAGUGUAAAAAUCAAUAACAAUGAAAAAGAAAUUGAAGCGUUACAAAAUCGAAUAGCUACAUCUAAAAAUGAAAUACGAUGUAAAUGUCAAAAAAUGAAAGAAAUUCCCCAAACGUAUGAUACAAAAGAUGAUAAUUUCUCAACAUCGGCUAGUGAUGAUAAAAUUCAAAAUGUGAAACCCGAAGACUUAACACCAGCAUCAAGAGAUACGCCAAUUGUGAAACCGGAAGUGUUAACACCUCAUAUCGAUUACAAUGAAUUAACUGAGGCUACGAAUAAUUGGGAUCCGAAACUUAUAUUGGGUAAAGGUGGUUUUGGUACUGUUUAUGAAGGAGAAUGGAAGUGGACAAAAGUUGCAGUAAAACGUUUACAAACAAAUUCCAAACAAGAUUUACGUAUAGAAUUGGAACAAUCGCUACGCGAAUUAAUAUUUUUAAACCAAUAUAAACAUGACAAUAUUUUAUCGGUGUAUGCUUACAGUAUGAGUGGAGAUUUCCCGUGCUUAGUUUAUCAAUACAUGCCUGGUAAUAACUUAGAUAAAGUUCUUCAUCCAAAGAACAACGAAACAGAUAAGUUACACGAAGGAAUCGAAUUAUCUCCUAAAACAUUUCACUGGGCAAGAAGAUUGAAUAUAGCAACAGGUGUUGCGCGUGGAUUACAUUUUUUACAUACUGUGGGUGAAAAACCUUUAAUACAUGGUGAUAUUAAACCAGCGAAUAUUCUUUUAGAUUCGUGUAACCAACCAAAAAUUGGUGAUUUUGGCUUAGCACGCGAAGGCCCUAAAAAUGGGUAUACACAUAUAGAAGUAUCCAGAGUAUUUGGUACUAAACCUUAUUUACCUAGUGAUUUCUUACGAAAUAAGCAUAUGUCGACUAAAGUUGAUACUUAUAGCUAUGGUGUUGUACUAUUUGAAAUAUGUAUAGGUUUAAAUGCAUAUAUACCUCCACCCGUUUCCAAUCCAAACGCUUGUAAGUAUUUAAAAGAUUAUGUGUUGGAGAAUGAAAACAAUAUUUUGGAAUUAAUUGACAAACGUUGUCCUAGUGAAAAUUCAUACAUUUAUCCAAUUUUAAUGAAUAUUGGUAAGAGAUGUGUUUCAAUUAAAGCUAAAGAUAGGCCUGAAAUGAAAGAAAUUUUGGAAGAAUUGAGUAAUUUUAAGUGUGUUUUAACUAAAGCUGAAAAUAGGCCUGAAAUGAAAGAUAUUUUGGAAAAUGAAUUGCUUAGAAAAAUUGGAAAUUUAACAGUAUGA